CAGAUCACACAAACACAAAACACAGCUCACACUUUCUUUCCCUUCCACUCACUACACUUCACUUCACUUCACUUCACUCAUCUACCUCACUCAUCAUCAACAACACACACAACUGAAGAAAAAAAAACAAAACAAAGAACACCAAAUCCUUAUUCAGAUUCACCAUCAUUGAAUUUGAAGAACAAAAAGCUUAGUUAACUCAAACAUUCCAUAAAUUGAGUACCAUUAACAUUAACAAUGUCUAAAUCUUUCAUUUUACAUCCCCAAAUUACCCUCACAUUUAUCUUCUAUUUACUAAUCUUAUCCCCAAAACCAUCUUCCUCUCUAAACAUCACCGCUCUCCUCUCCACUUACCCCGACUUAUCUCAAUUCACCGCCCUUCUCUCCGCCGCAACUUCCCUAACCGCCGAUCUCUCCCACCGUAAUUCCCUCUCUCUCCUCGCCGUACCUAACUCAUUUCUCUCAACUGACCCCAAUCUCUCCCACCACCAACUCUCCUCCUCCGCUCUCACCGACAUCCUCCGCUACCACGUCCUCCUCCAAUUCUUCUCAUGGUCCGACCUCCACUCCCUCCCUCCCUCCGGUAAACUCGUCACCACUCUCUUCCAAACCACCGGUCGCGCCACCAAUAAUUUCGGUUCCGUUAACAUCACUCACGAUCCUCACUCUAAUCUCGUUUCGAUCCAUUCACCUGCACCUUAUUCUUCUUCAAACGCAACCCUAAUUUCACAAAUCAAAACCCUACCUUACAACGUCACAAUCUUCACCGUUAAUUCUCUCUUAAUCCCUUACGGUUUCGAUCUAAUGGCAUCGGAAACUCGACCGAGUAUUCGUCUUAACAUUAGUAAAACAUUACUUGAUGCUCAUAAUUUCAAUAUCAUUUCUUCAAUGCUUUCUGCUUCUGGUGUUGUUAAUGAAAUCGAAGCCGGUGAAGGUGGUUCCGGUAUCACGUUAUUUGUUCCGGUAGAUAAGGCUUUCGCUGAAUUACCUUCUUCAGUUGCACUUCAAUCACUUGCGGCGGCUGAGAAAAUCGUUGUUCUCAAAGCUCAUGUUCUUCGUGCUUAUUACCCUCUCGGUUCACUUCAAUCCACUGCAAAUCCAUUACAACCUACUCUUGCCACGGAAUCAAUGGGCGCCGGAAGUUUCACGUUGAACAUUUCGACGUUUAAUGGCUCGGUUGCAAUUAACACCGGCAUUGUUCAGGGAGUAAUUACUCAAACUGUUUUUGAUCAGAAUCCAAUUGCUAUUUUUGGUGUUAAUAAAGUUUUAUUGCCAAGAGAGAUUUUUGGGAAGAAUCCAAUGGAAUCCCCUGUUGACAUUGCUGCUCCACCUCCCUAUUAUGAUGCUAGUUCGCCGUCCGUGUUAGGCCAAGAUUUGAGCUCAAAUGUUGCUAGUGUUUAUUGCUCCGAGUUCUUUGUUUUUGUUCUUUGUUGUAUAAAUUUGUAUUUAAUCAUAUAGAGUAAUUGUUUUUUUUCUUUCUCUCAUUGUAUUAUUAUUUUUUUGUGGGGUUUUGUUUUGAUUUUCUCCACCUUAUGUACACGUUAAUUGCAUUAUUGUUAUUAGUUAGGUUGCAAAUGCAGUCUAUUUUUUA